UACAAAUAAAAAUAAAAAUCAGUUCUUUGAUCCUUCGCUCUUUUCUCUGACACUCUGGCGCCGUUUUGCUUCCCUCUCCCUCUCCCUCUCCCUCACACACGCUGCUGCUUUUGGUCGGAGCCCAAAAAGUAGCUGAAUUCCACGAAUUUCGCGCAAUUAUUGAAGAUCACAGACAAGGAAUUAAGUUCGAAAUCAAAUCUAAUUGCUAGAAAGGAGCUGAGAUUUCUGCUUGCCCAAUUGAUGGAUUUUGCUUCGGGUGAUGAAAAUGCAUCGAUUUCCGAAGCUCUUCUCCCAUAGGCGCCCAGAUUCCAGCUCCAGCCGCCGGCCGGCGAAGCCGAGGAAGCUUGAGCGGAGCAACGCACUCAGGAAUGUCACCUACGAGUUCUCUCCGUCUACUUCUUCUUCGUCGUCGCCGGAGGAGUCCCAGCGCGCGAGCUCCUUGGAUUCGUACGCCGCGAAGACGACGAGCUUCCGCGUGGAUGGGACCGAGGGCGAAUUUGAGGUUAUCUGCGAAGCCUUUGGUUUUUCUGGAAUAGACGAUUUCGCUAUUUCGCCGGAGGAAUAUGAGGCGAUGAAGUUGGGGUCUUCUUCUUCUUCUUCCGGUAAGAAAUUGGAGCCUUUGUAUCGAGAAAUUGAAGUUGAUUGUGAUGAUGUUGUUCAGUAUUCUUAUGGUGAUGGUUAUAUUGGGGCUCUUGAUGUGAUUCAUCGGAGAAUGGAGGGUUUGUGUGUUGGAAAUUUAGAUAAUAGUUAUGGUAAGAAAUUGGGGGAAAGUGGGGUAUCGAAGAGGUUAGAGGAUGGUGUAAAUUAUAGUGAUAAGCUCAGAGUGAGAUCGAAAGCAUCUCGAAUGAAUGAUAUUAAAGGGGCGCGGCCGACCAUAGUGGUGCCCAAUUGGGAUACAACGACAGGUUUUUUGCAGGAGAGUGAUCCGUGUAUUCCAAAGUUCCAAAGCAGAUUCUUUCCGAAUAAUGGAGAGACUGAGGGGGUUGGUUGGGAUAGGACCGGACAAGAGACGGGUGCGAGAAUAGGGGGGUUGACAAUAGAAGAGAACCGUGCAUUAUCAGAGUCUUGCUCUUUCUCUUCAAAUGAGGAUGAUUCCUCGAGUUCCAUGACUGAGCCUUUGUCUAGCAUUUCAUCAAAUGAUAGAUAUGGGCGUGUCAUUCAUGACUGGCAGAAGGGUGAGCUUUUGGGGCGUGGAACAUUUGGAUCUGUUUAUGAAGGAAUUGCAGAUGGUGGAUUCUUUUUUGCUGUAAAGGAAGUGUCUUUGCUUGAUCAAGGAGAGGACGGAAAGCAAUGUGUCGUCCAACUUGAACAGGAAAUUGCUCUUCUGAGUCAAUUUGAACACGAGAACAUCGUCCGGUAUUAUGGGACAGAGAAGAAGGGGUCGCAUCUCUGUAUUUUUCUUGAGCUGGUUACACAAGGCUCCCUUUUGAGACUUUACCAGAAAUAUGACCUUCGAGUUCCACAAGUGUCCAAUUAUUCAAGGCAGAUUCUACAUGGUUUGAAGUAUCUGCAUGACAGAGAUGUCAUCCAUAGAGAUAUAAAAUGUGCAAAUAUAUUGGUGCACACGAAUGGAUUGGUGAAGCUUGCUGAUUUUGGUCUUGCUAAGGCUGCCAAGUUGAAUGAUGUGAAGUCUUGCAAGGGGACUGCAUUUUGGAUGGCUCCUGAGGUUGUUCGGAGCAAGGGCUACGGGCUUGCUGCAGAUAUAUGGAGUCUCGGAUGUACAGUCUUGGAGAUGUUGACCAGGCGUUUUCCAUAUUUCGGUUUGGAAUAUAUGACGGCUUUAUUCCACAUAGGACAGGGCGUGAGACCAGAUGUCCCGAAUACUCUUUCAAGUGAUGCACGUGAUUUCAUACUUCAGUGCUUACAAGUCGACCCAACCUUACGCCCAACAGCUGCCCAGCUCCUAAACCACCCCUUUGUGAAGCAGCCACUUUCAUCAUCUUCUCACAGCGUUGGCUGGCAGUUUUGACAGUCGAGGUUGAUGGUGUUUACGUACUGAAAACCCCGGAGGAAUUCACAUUAUUUUGUGAUUAUAAGGCUCAAGAGUUUCCACUCUUCAAUUAUUCAAGAUUUUUAGAUCUCUCUCCCUCUCUCUCUCUCUCUCUCUGUGUAUGUUGAUUUCUGUGUAGUGUUGUUGUAGUGUAUGUGAUUCUUGUAAAGUAAGUGUUGAUAAUAGUAACUGUAAUUGAUGCUUCUUUUAUUCUAUAGAAUUUCUUGGUCUUGUGAAA